GUUUCGUCAAUCACCAAUCAAUGAACGUCACCGUUUCCGACUUACCAGAAAUACCGUCAAACAUUCAUGUAAUAGCCUUAGCACUUCACGUUGAACCGGACACGCAAUUCAACAAACAACACGAUGGCAGUGAACAAGUGGAAACGAGAGCUGUGUCUCAAGAAAAUUAUAACGAAGCAGUAUUUCUCCUGUGCAUUGCAUCGAUCGGUCUCAUAUCGAAUAUUGUCGUUGUCAUCUGUGUGCUUAUCAACCGCAAUUUGAGAAAAUCAGCUAGUGCUUUUGUUAUACACGGCUGCAUUUUGGACGCGGUAAGAUGUUUGUACUGCGUACCUUUUGCAGUCAGCUUGUUGUGGGACAUGGCGCCAGGGUUUUGUGCCGCGCUGGGAGGAUCUUAUGUGGUAGUCGUCACUGCGUCCGGUUUCAAUAUUGUCGCAAUGGUUUGUUGCGAAGCUUAUGUUUUUAGUGAGAGAAAUUAUGGCGUAGAAAACGCAAGCAAUAGCAGUGGAGAGAAUGGAAACUUUUGUUGCGUAGCGUUUGGUGUUUUGAUGGUUUAUGCUACCAGCUUGAUUAUACAUCUUGGUCCAACAAUAAUAGGAGGAGAUUUUAAUUACAACGACCUUAUAGGAAAUUGCAUUUUUGUUUAUGGAACGAUGAAAAGUUAUGUGGCUCAGACAAUGUGGAUUGUUAUAACAACAUUAUCAAUGAUAGGAACUGUUUAUUAUUUAAUUUAUUUCCACAAACAUGUUCAAACUCAUUCAAAUCAUCGUCUAGCAUCAUUAGUUCGAGCUUCCAUCGUGGUAAGCCAGGGAAAUGUCGAUGAAACUGAUCAUCUGACGGCUCAACUAGUUUUUCAACAAACACUGGCAAGAUGCAGAGUUUUAAUUAUCAUCACUGUCGUUUUUAUAUUGUCCUGGUAUCCUCUCUACAUUUUGACGUUAUCAGACCCAAAGUUUCAGCAGCCGAGUAAAAUUUACAAAUUAUUAACGUUCAUCGCAUGGUCCAACGCAGCCAUAAAUCCUAUCAUUUUCGUACUUUUUGACCAAGGAAUCGAUGUAGUUCGGAGAUGUUGUGAUUGCAUAGUGCCUGGCAACAACAGAUCAUCCCGAAGUCCAGACAACAUUACUUUAACAUCCACAAACGCCAAUGAAUUUGCUUCAGACCAACUUAUAGGACAAGUAACUUCCAAUAUUGAUCAACUAAUUCAAAACAAAAGAGUGGGAAGUCGACUGUUUCAGGAAGGGCAGACAAGAAACAAACCAGUUCAGCCUGUUCAGUGCAAUGGGGGUAGAUGGUUGCAAAUGUCGCGGGAACGACAUUGCGUUUGAUAGUUUCUAAUUUGUAAUGCUGAUGAUCAUUUAUAAUAUGCAUUACUGUUAUUAAUUUACAAACAAAUCUCUGAAGCUUGUAGAUAUAAGACUCGUUAAAAAUUUUUUAUAUCAUUUAAAGUGAAUUAAAUUAAUUAUUACCAAAUAUUCCGA